AAAAUCCGAUUAGAAAUACUAACUAGGUACUUCAACGAAACAAAAAAAAACAGGCGAAAUCUGUAAAAAGAAGAAGACGGUUGUAAACAGCUGAGGCAUUUGGAUCAAGCUCCGACGACCUGCCACCGCCACCAUGAUUCACUUUGUUCUUCUCAUUAGCAGACAAGGGAAAGUGAGAUUGACAAAAUGGUACUCACCGUAUUCUCAAAAGGAAAGGACAAAGGUUAUCCGGGAGCUUAGUGGUAUGAUUCUCACCCGAGCCCCUAAACUGUGCAACUUUGUUGAGUGGAGGGGAUACAAAGUUGUUUACAAAAGGUAUGCUAGCCUUUAUUUCUGCAUGUGCAUUGACCAGGAUGAUAAUGAAUUGGAGGUCCUCGAAAUUAUCCAUCAUUUUGUUGAGAUACUAGAUCGCUACUUUGGAAGUGUUUGUGAGCUGGACUUGAUCUUUAAUUUCCAUAAGGCAUAUUAUAUAUUAGAUGAAAUCCUGAUUGCUGGUGAACUUCAGGAGUCGAGUAAGAAGACAGUUGCACGCUUAAUAGCUGCACAGGAUUCUCUGGUGGAGGCAGCCAAGGAGCAAGCUAGUUCCAUCAGCAAUAUGAUUGCUCAAGCAACAAAAUGA